GGGUAGAAAGCACGCUCUCGGCCUCGGAAGCCCAGGAGCUGGCCUUCUCAGUGUUCGGGUGCUCCCUUCACGUGUCAGCGGGCCGUGCCGCGCCGGGGAGGCCGUGAGUUUGGGGGUGCGGGGUGCGGGAUGUCUGGUGGCAGUGACUGAGUAAAUGUUAAAUGGGGGAAGGAGAAGUUUGAUGGACUGGAGUUGAACACUGAUGAUCCACCUGUGGUUUUUAAGGCACAAUUAUUUGCACUAACUGGAGUUCAGCCUGAAAGACAGAAGGUUAUGAUUAAAGGAGGCACACUAAAGGAUGAUGAAUGGGGUAGCAUCAAGAUAAAGAGUGGAAUGACUCUGUUAAUGAUGGGAUCAGCAGAGGCAUUGCCUGAAGAGCCACUUGUACGUCCAACUUUUAUGGAAGACAUGACAGAAGAACAGCUGGCCUCCGCUAUGGAUCUACCAUGUGGGCUUACCAACCUUGGAAACACCUGUUACAUGAAUGCUACUGUACAGUGUCUGCGUUCAGUGCCUGAGCUCAGGGACACCCUGAGAAAAUAUAAAGGUGCUUUGAGAACUUCGGUGGCAAUGACUCCACCACAGUAUAUAACAGCAGCUUUUCGAGACUUAUUUGAGUCAAUGGAUAAAACAUCCUCUAGUAUUCCACCUAUAAUUCUACUGCAGUUCCUUCACAUGGCAUUCCCCCAGUUUGCAGAGAAAGGGGAGCAAGGCCAGUAUCUUCAGCAGGAUGCUAAUGAGUGUUGGGUACAGAUCAUGAGGGUGCUGCAACAGAAGCUUGACCCUUUGGAAUCAGAUGCACCAUUGGAGACUAAUUCAGAGGGAGCAGCAGUUUCAACAUCGAAGAAAAAUUUUAUUGAUCAGUUCUUCGGAAUAGAAUAUGAAACGUCCAUGAAGUGUACAGAGGCUGAACAUGAGGAGGUAACAAAGGGCAAAGAAACGCAGCUUCAGCUUAGUUGUUUCAUUAAUCAGGAGGUCAAAUAUCUAUUUACUGGGCUAAAGCUGCGUCUUCAAGAAGAGAUCACCAAGCAUUCUCCUACAUUGCAAAGAAAUGCAUUGUAUAUCAAAUCUUCUAAACUAUGCCGUUUACCUGCCUACCUGACAGUUCAGAUGGUGAGGUUUUUCUACAAGGAAAAGGAGUCUGUAAAUGCCAAAGUUCUAAAGGAUGUCAAGUUUCCUUUAAUGCUGGAUGUAUACGAAUUGUGCGUACCAGAGCUACAAGAAAAAAUGGUUCCAUAUAGAUUAAAAUUCAAGGAACAAGAAGACCGAAAGGCUGAUAUGCAAACAAAGAUUGGAAGUAAAAAUGGAAGUGGAGAGCCAAAAGAAGACAAAUAUGAGCCAUUUUAUUUUCCUAAUGAUUUGGGCUCAAAUAAUAGUGGAUACUAUGAACUAAUGGCAGUACUAACACAUCAAGGCAGAUCAAGUUCUUCUGGUCACUACGUAGCUUGGGUUAGAAGAAAAUCAGAUGAGUGGAUUAAAUUUGAUGACGAUAAAGUCAGCGUAGUGGCACCCGAAGAUAUUCUAAAGUUGUCUGGUGGUGGUGACUGGCACAUAGCCUAUGUUCUACUGUAUGGGCCCCGUAGACUAGAAGUAAUUGAAGAUGAAGCCCCACAGUGAAAUCCGAGUUGAGCACAACUACAUUCAUUUUCCUUCUCCUGCAUGGCUACUACUGUUGUGCAAUGCCUUCAUUCUCUGUGGCUUACCUUAAUUGGAAAUAAGACUGCAAAGGGAAGGUGUUGUCUUAACUGUGACCCUGGUAUUGCUUAACAUCACCUACCAAACCUUACAAGACAAAUCAGGUAUUAGUUGAAAAAGACCUGUGGAUUUGAUCUGUUCUUAAUUCUGAUACUUCUCUAUGUGGAAUAAUAAAAGUAUGUGAUCCAUAAAUCUUGGGUUUAUUCCUCCAAACUUCAAGUUUUUAGUCAAAUGUGGUUAUUGAUGAGUUGAUGUGAUAUUGCAAACAGAAAUGUUCCAUUUGAAUGGGGUUUCUCUUAAAUGUGCAGUUAAAAUUAAAAGUACAAUGUAAACUUUGCACUGUAAAUUUUACAUUGUAAAUUAGCUUUAUUAAAAGUUGCAGUUUUUCUAAUCAUUUUGUUGUUGUUCCAACCAAAGCUAGUAGUUUGCCUAAAACCACAUAUUAUUUUAUAAAUUCACGAACCUUAUGAUUUGCUAAAACUUUAAAGAUUAAAAAUAACUUAUUUGUUCUUUGAACUUGUUUGUGAUUCAUCACCCGAUAAUAGAUUAAAAUCCCCCAUGCCUAAAUUUCUGAAGUUUUGUGGGGAUUAAGCUUUUCAAUGCAAAGGAUGAGUAAUAUGGCAAUAGGCUUGUGUCCUGUCUUGAAUCAUAUCAGCCUGGGUAAAGAACUUAAUUAGGUUGCCUGUUCACUGCAAUGGUUGGCACCUGAUCUGUUUUUCUGUCAGCUUUGUUUUCCCUCUAAAUUUCAAAAUUAAAUUUAGCUUUUUAAACAAUGCAAAGAAUACCACACCUAUGUGGUAAUAAAAAAAAUGUUUGUGAGUACUGCAGGGACUACAGAGCUUUCUCUUCUAAUGAGUUGUCCAAAAUGUGGUUAGAAUCAGUGGAGCGUCCACCUGAAACCAUUCAAGAGCAAAUCAAAAUUAAUGAAUGUAGAAUGGUGGCUACUUUGCCCUUGCCAUCUCUCUCUUAUUGAAAUAAAUAUUCAUUGUCUUCCUCAGAAUACAAAUGCACACAUUAGCUUGCUGAAACAAAGAAUGGGGAGACAAAGCUUUGUGAAUAAAGAGUUAUGGCAACUACCAUGAUCGUGGGCACAAACUUGCACGGUGCACUGUUGCUAAUCCUGCACCUUUACACAUUAACCAAGUUGAAGCCCUGUGAAUCAUGAAGGUUCGAAGUAAAUUUAUCAUCAAAAUGCAUACGUCACCAUGUACAACUCUGUGGUUCAUUUUCUUGCGGUCAUACUCAAAUCCAUAGAAUAAUAACCAUAAUAGGAUCCGUGGAAGACCACAUCAACUUGAGUGUUCAACCAGUGUGCAAAAGAUGGCAAAAUGUGCAAAUACAAAAAGAAAUAAAUUAUAAUAAUAAAUAAGCAAUAAAUAUCAAGAAUAUGAGAUGAAGAAUCCUUGAAAGUGAGUCCAUUGGUUAUGGCUACUUUUCAAUGAUGGGGCGAGUGAAGUUAUCGAUGUUGCUCAAAACUGCAGAAUGUAGAAAUCUGAAAUAAUAACAAAAUGUUGGGAGUAUUUAGCAGAUCAGAACAUCUACAGAGGAAAAGUUAC